CUUCAUCAACAACAAGACGUGUAAAUUAUAUAAGAUCGAAUUAAUCAUGUCUGGUGUUUGGGUUUUCAAGAAUAAUGGAGUGAUGCAGCUGGUUGAAAAUCCCUCCGAGCACAGCGACGCCAACGGCAACGGCAAACGUACCUCCAAAAGGAAGGUUUUGGUACACUUGCCCACGGGCCAAGUGGUUUCCUCUUAUUCUUCUCUGGACCAAAUCUUGAGAGGUCUGGGUUGGGAGAGGUACUACGGCGGAGACCCUGACCUCUUCCAAUUCCACAAGCACACUUCCAUUGAUCUCAUUUCUUUGCCCAGAGACUUUGCCAAAUUCAAUUCCAUUUACAUGUACGAUAUCGUCGUCAAGAAUCCAAAUAUCUUCCAUGUCCGCGACAUCUGAUCAUCACCACCACACAUCCAUAUAUUAACUUGGUGGGCUAGCUAGGGUUCUUCUUUAUAUAUUAUUCAUGACAGCUGAUCCGAAGAAAAAUAUUUCAAGUUUGUUUCUCACUUAAUUUCAUCCAUCCACCACUACUACCCUGUUAUUACUACCUACUUUCUCUUGUAAAUUUAUAAAUCAAGCCCAAUAUAUAAGAUUGUGUUGUUUCUAGUACGUA